AUGGGUAGCAAAAACCGUAAGAGAGAGCGCGAGCCCGUGCAGGCUGAAAAUGUCGAAGAAGUACCCGCAAAACGCCGUAGACAGCUCAAUGAAGAGCACCUGAAGCUCUCGAAGCUCUACGAGGAUCUGGCCGCAGAAUCCGACGAAGUUCGAUUUGAGGCUGCCAAACAACUCAUUGUGAAGUUCUCGCCCGAAAGCGAGCCAGCUGCGAAAGACGUGGAAACUGCAAUGGUUCGUUUGAUCAAGGGUCUCUGCAGCCAACGCAAAGCUGCCAGAGUUGGAUUUUCGCUCACCCUUACCGAAUUACUGCGACAAAUAUUUGGUGGCGUAAAGAUUGAAGGUCUCGAUCACGAUGUUACGUCGAUUGUCAAGAUGGUGGACGAAAAAACUGAGAUUGAGGGGAACGUGCCUGGACGAGCCCGGCGCGACCAUCUGAUCGGAAAGCUGUUUGGGUACAAAGCCAUCAUGCAAUCGUCGGUAGUCAUUGAACCGCAGCUUUCCAUGGAAUGCUGGAAUAAGCUUCUAGACCAUAUCUAUGGUAUGGCACGCGACAUACCCUGGCUGCGCGAAGAAUGCGGGAUGGUCCUUGUAGAGGCUGUGAAGAGUCUGAAAGCCCAGCCACAGUUCGAGCAAUGCGCCGAAGAGGCAAUCAAACGCCUGACCCCGUUCAAACUUGUCAGCACGCCACAGGGAGUCGCAGUAUGGCUGACGGUUCGAGCGAGCUAUGAAAAAGUUUUGCCAGAAGGCGUUUGGCACCAGAAAGAUCCUCUAUCAAGGAAGGAGCGUCCACGUCUAGCAAAGCUCCUAAAGGAGGAUUUUCAUGUCGACUCUGAGAGCGCGAAAGACGAAAAAGCUAUCAAAUCAGCUGCUGCCAACCCAAAUCCCACCUUUGCGUGGGACCUGGUCUUUGGCGAGAUACUUCGUAGAGAUGAGGAGAACAAGGGCAGCGCCAAAGAGCCACCCAAAGCCGAGUUCCCUCAGUUAUGGAUCGACAUUGUAGACAACAACUUGUUUUCCACUACUUCGUCUCACGAGCGCAAGUCAUGGGGCUUCAAACUCUUCAGCAACAUGAUCACACGGGUACCGGCGUGGGCUGUACCUGCGCUGUUCAGUCCGAAUCUAAUGAGGACAGUCAUCAAUCAGAGCAAAAAGGAUGACAGAUUUCUGCAUACGGCAGCACUUGCCGCUCUCAAAUCGGUGCAGUCAAGAGUUGAGCAAGAAAGCAGCUCUGCACUUCCAAUCCUUGUUGCGCUUACUACAAAACAUGGCAUUGUCGAGUUCGACAAGGUCACUAAGACUAAGACGCUCGAACAGAUUCUUCUCGCGGCAGACGACAAUACCCUGAAGAAGGUUGUGCGACAUCUGAAGUCUGCGACCCUUCGACCAGAGACUGUUGAGCAGAGCGUCGCAGACAGCCGUCGUCAGACUAUCGCUGAUCUUUUGAUCAACACGGUGAAGCUGUUCAGACGCUACGAUCAGCUUUCAGAAGAUGUUUUCGAGGGCGACAACUGGCUUCGAAGUCUCCUUGAGCUCUUGAUCGAAUAUGCGUACUUUACACCCUCUGCUGAUGUGAAGACAAGCAAAGUACCUCUUCCUCCCAUCAGCGAAGGAAGCAGGACCAUGUUCCAGGAGCGUCUGUCUUCGUGUCUCACCAAGCUGCUAGGUGUUGAUGUUGGCUCUCGAUCCUCUUUCGCUUCAAUGAUCAUGGAUAUCAUCCGAUCUAAGAAGGCAUCUACCAAGACUUUGGAGCCAGUGUUCAAGGCGGAGCCAAAGGUCUUUGAGACGGUAGAGAAAGCCUUUGAGACAUUGGAAAAAUUGUCCAAAAAGGGAUCGAUUGCCGGUAACAAGAUGGCUGCUGAAGGAUUCGUACUUCUCUACUCGUUGACACUGUUGCAAGUCUACAACGGCGACGGCGAUGCCAUCAUGAUGCUCGAUGAUCUCGAUGCUUCUCGCAAAGCAAUGACAAAGAACAAGGACUCAGGUGAGGGGACUGACGCCUUUGUCGAGAUCGUCCUGUCGUUCCUCGGUAACCCACGCACUUUGUUCCGCAGGAUCGGAGAGGAGGCCUUCUCUAUCUUUGCAUCCGAGAUUGGCUCGGAAGGGCUGCAGUCGCUUGCUGAGAUCUUGGACACCGAGGAGAAUCUCGAAGGGCAGAAAGAGCUGUUCAAUCAAGGAGACGACGACGCCGAGGAGGCUAAAUCCGAUGAUGACUCCGACGACUCGGAGAUGGACUCGGAUGUUGAAAUGAUCGACUCGGACGUUGAAUUGGUCAACGGCGAAGCUGAAGACUCAGACGUUGAUGAUGUCUCUGGGUCAGCUUCCUCCUCGGACGACAGCAGUGAAAGCGACGGCGAAGAAGAUGGCGAAGAAGAUGACGCGGAGUUGACACAGUUCAACAAUCUUCUCCAAAUGACACUCGGUACAUCGAAAGCCAACAUGGACGGCGAUGGAGAUGACACCUCUGACGAUUCCGACAUGGACGACGAGCAAAUGAUGGCCCUUGAUCCUCAGCUCAGCAAAAUCUUCAAGCAGCGUAGCCAAGUUACAAGCAAGAAGAAGGACCGAGAAGAUGCGAAACAAAACGUGGUCCAGUUCAAGUCGAGGGUUCUUGACCUCCUGGCAAUCUAUCUAGAUAAGCAGUACUCCAACGCACUCACGCUAGAGGUCCUUCUUCCAGCACUACGCCGCACGCGUGCCAGCGCCAACAAGCAGCUAGCGGAGAAGAGCGCUAAGAUGCUGAAGACGUACUUCGACACACGCUCGAAACACAAGGCUCCCCUCCCAAAACCAGAAGCUGUUGAGACAGCAUGGGCAAUCUUGAAAGGCAUCCACGAGGAAGCGAAGAACGGCGGUGGCGCCAAGGUCCAUGCAGACGUCUGCAGCAACGCCAGCUUGCACGUUGUCAAGGUACUCGUGGGUCUUGACAAGGCCAACUACGCUGGGAUCGUUGAUGUGUAUGCUGAGACACAGAAGCAGUGGUUCGCGGAUAAGAAAUCACCACUUCAGCCAUCGUUAUUUACCCAAUUUCAGAACUGGUCAAUGAGCGCCCAGAAGCAGGGCAAAUAG